AUGAUUAGUCCACGGUCACGCCGGAUCCUGAAGCCACUAUUUUAUACAAUUGCUGUUGUAGCCGGAGGAGGAGGUAUCCUAUAUUUUUCAUACCGACCACGCAAUCUACCCGGGUCAGACCCAGCGGCGGUCCCACCACCAUCCUAUAGUGAUGGAGGACAGCUAGUACCCCCGAGUUUUCCACAUGUCAAAAGUCGCGUUGAACAGAUUCAGGACUUGAAACGAAGUUCACAGACAAACGCCACAAAGUUGCUUUCUGGAGAAUGGGCAAAAUAUUCAAGCUCCCAGAGCUCCAACGCACCAGAUGAAAACGAGCCUUACGAUUUACUUGUCAUUGGGGGCGGGGCAACUGGCUCUGGCAUAGCUCUGGAUGCCGCUUCGCGUGGUUUAAAGGUAGCUCUAAUUGAGCGUGACGAUUUCAGUGCUGGAACGAGUAGCAAGAGUACGAAAUUAGUCCACGGCGGUGUUCGUUAUCUGGAAAAAGCAGUUUGGCAAUUGGACUACAAUCAAUAUGCUCUCGUUAAAGAAGCCCUACGGGAACGCAAGUAUUUCCUCCAUACUGCCCCUCAUCUCUCAAUGUGGCUCCCAAUUAUGCUCCCAGUGCAAAAGUGGCGGCAAUUACCGUAUUUCUGGGCCGGAACUAAAUUCUAUGAUCUACUUGCUGGAUCUGAGGGUAUUGAGAGUUCUUACUUCCUCAACAAAAGCAAAGCUCUGGAUGCUUUCCCUAUGUUGAAAAAGGAUAACCUUGUCGGAGCUUUGGUUUACUAUGAUGGUGCUCACAACGAUUCUCGAAUGAAUGUUUCCCUGGCAGUAACCGCUGCUCUAUAUGGUGCUACUGUUGUGAACCACAUGGAAGUAACAGGACUAACUAAGGAUGAGUCAGGAAAGCUCAGUGGAGCAAUUGCCAAAGACUUGAUUCCAGGGAAAAGCGGACACGAUGCGAAAGAAGUAACCGUCAGGGCUAAGGGGAUAAUCAAUGCCACAGGUCCAUUCACAGAUUCCAUUAGGAAGAUGGAUGAUCAAAGUGCGAUGGACAUAGUUGCUCCAAGCUCUGGAGUUCAUGUUGUUCUCCCGGGAUACUAUAGCCCUGCUAAGAUGGGUCUCAUCGACCCUGCAACCUCAGACGGGCGUGUCAUUUUCUUUCUUCCAUGGCAGGGAAACACAAUUGCAGGAACAACUGAUAGCCCCUCUGCAAUCUCUCCCCAACCAAUACCGUCUGAAUCUGACAUAAACUGGAUUCUAAAUGAAAUUCGGGGAUAUCUUGCCCCGGACAUCAAUGUGAGACGUGGAGACGUUCUUGCAGCAUGGUCUGGAAUCCGGCCUCUCGUGCGAGACCCCGCAGCUAAGAAUACAGAGUCUCUGGUUCGCAAUCACCUCAUAACAGUGUCCAAAUCUGGUCUUCUGACCUGUGCUGGUGGGAAGUGGACAACCUAUCGCCAAAUGGCCGAGGAAGCUGUUGACGAAGCUAUCAAAGUGUUCCAUUUACAACCAUGGCCCAACAAAAAGGUUCCAGACAUUAGCGGAAGAGGCCUUUUUGAUGACGGAGCUGCCCUUGACGGUUCUUGCCAGACCCAUCAGAUUCGCUUGGUUGGCGCUCAUGGCUAUUCGAAAACUCUCUUCAUUAACCUCAUCCAAUACUUCGGAUUAGCAACAGACGUUGCUAAAUAUAUCGCCCAGGCUUACGGUGAUCGCGCGUGGGAGGUCGCUGCCAUGUCAUCGCCCACAAAUACUCGAUUCCCAGUGCGUGGAAUCCGCAUUUCGUCGCCAUACCCAUUUAUCGAUGGAGAGGUCCGUUAUGCUACCCGGGUUGAAUAUGCACAAACAGCAGUGGACGUUUUGGCACGGAGGACUAGACUGGCAUUCUUAAACGCACAAGCUUCUCUUGAAGCUCUCCCAACCAUUAUUGACCUCAUGGCAGAGGAGCUGAACUGGGAUAGCAAGCGGAAAAAUGUUGAAUGGACCGAAACAGUAAAAUUCUUGUUGUCGAUGGGGCUCCCUAAGUCUCGUCUGGGUAUUACGCGAGAAGAUGUUGAAAGUGGAAAGGCAAAAUUCGAUGAAGUUGAACGGAAGCUCUACACGAGACAUGAAGGGCCUACAGACUUUCCCAGUCCCCCUGCUUAG